GAAAACCUUUAUAUUACACAAAUAACGUAGAGAUGGAAGAUUAUUUAAUUGUUACAUAAAUGAAAAUACUAAACUUUUAUAACUAAAUAUUGGAUUAAUUAUCAAAUUUUGAACAUAUAUUAGCUGAAACCAAUACCUGAUUUACCACCUGAAUUAACUCAUGAGGAGAGUUAAAAUAUAUAGGAACAAAUAGCUUAUUACAAAGAUAUCUCUGGAAUCACCCAUCUAUAUUUUAGAAAAUUUAAAUGGAAUAAUUUAUGUAAAAGAUGGAAUUCCUUAAUAUUCUCAUCAAAAACAAAAAGUUAAUAAACCCCCUUAACAAAUGUCGCCAAGUAAUUCCUAAUAGAGCUCAGUUCAGGCCUUUAGAAAUGAUGAGCUUUUAAUUGAAAUUUCUUGAACUCAGAUUGAACAAUAAAUUGCAAC